CGAGAAUACGGCAGAGCGAGAGCGGCCCAUCUUGAAUCCCGCGCGAGUCGCCGUACGACUUCGGGUGGCGUGAUUUCUCAUAGUGUGUUUGUCACCGAUGACAGUAUGAGAAAUAAAACGUCAGGCGCAUAGCCGCAGCGCGCGAAACCCGAGCGUUUGUGUUGGUGUUCAUUGUGAUGGGGUAAACUUGUGACUCGACAAUGGAAUCCGGUUCAAAACCACCUCUUGAAGUAUGGGAACUUCUGAGGGACCCUAUUCUUACCUUUUAUCAAGAGGGUAUGGAGAGCAGGAAGAAAAUAGAGGGGUUCAUUGCUGUUAUUAACAACAGCUGCAGAUUCAAAAAGAAUUGGUACAUCCCUGCACCGAAAGCCAGCUGUGACCAAGAAUCAUAUACAUUGUUAGAAGAGCAGUACACUGCAUUUUGCACCUGGCUAUUAGGACGUCUUUUUUGUAUUCUUGGAAGAGACUCUCUGAUGGAUAUUCAUCCAUCAUGUGUCAAAGCUCAGAUUGAAAUACUAGAUGUUUGUGCUGAAAAUCGAUUCAUGACUCGGUUCUUCUUCAUGGAAUAUGUAUCAUGCAUAACUGACCUGUUAACUCUACAAACUUCUGAACCUUUGCUGAAUAAUAGAUCUCAUCUACUUAAGAGAUUCACUCCAUUGCCAGAGAAACUAGACAAACUAAACCUGACAGCUAAGUAUAUUCUGCUUCAGUCACAAUCUAUGAUAAACAAUUUACAGAAAUAUUCAGUGCAGGUAAUUAGACUCAUGGUUCCCAAUGUACAAAUGUAUGAAGAUCUAUUAAAUGAAUAUUGGUUGGUCCUUUGUAAGUUGUUGCAAGUUGCAAAACUUCCUCUAAAACUAGAUGUCCUCAAAUCGUUGUCUAAAAUAAUUUCUAUUGAUGGUUGCUACAACAGAAUGGCCUUAGCAGAAUUGUGCAAUACGCUAAAGUGUGUGACCAAGUCUGUGUCCACUCAACUCAAAGUUGACAAUGAUUCUGAAAUUAUGCAUAAUGUGUUAAGUAGUGUUGUGGAUCUCGUCAAUCAAGUAUCAAGUAAAUGUUGUCUACGUGAUGUUUUUAGAAGCAAAGACUUACUAACGAGCCUACUCUCUGUGAUAUGUCAUUUGAGUGCAGAUAAUGGAGGAACCUGCCUGGAAACUGCUUGUAAAAAUGUUGUCCUGCUGCUGGAUACUCUACCUCAUGACUCAAUGAACCCUGAAAAUUUCUGCUUCUUAAUAAACAAAUAUGAAACACAGGAGUUUGCUGUGAAGUUUUUAGCAAAAUAUCUCUGUGAUAAAUUAGUAGCUUAUGUUGAGACAACUCAAGAAUACCAAACAUCAUUGAAAUUUGAGAAGAUAGAUAGGACAGAGAACACAAUUCCACCUCUUAAUAUUGAUGCAGUUGCCAAGCUACCACUCUGGACUGCUCUUCACUGUCAGGUGUUAGAAGAAAUAAAUUCAAUUCAAUCCAAUUUCCCUUCGGAGCCAACCAAACAAAUUCUUCAAGAAAUAAACGACAUAGUUGCAAAGUUAAAGUCAUUAGUGGAGUGUGCAGUGAAAGUGAAUAUAUGUAUUCAAAAAGCAGAAGCAAAAAAGCUUCCAAUUGGGAUUGUUUUCUUUCCAGAAGAGGUUGAGCUAUUGGUCUCAUUCCUAUACUUCCUGAUUCAACAGCUUGUUUCCAUAAAAUCUUCUGGGUCAACAGUGUUUUUUUCUGACACAAUUUUCAAGUCUGUGAUUUUGACUGUGAGAUACCUGUUUCUGCUGCCAGAAGUUUAUUCAAAAGAGUUGACUUGUGCAGAUCAAGCCUUUUCUGUAUUAGCUCUGCCAUGGAUUGAAAAUAAUGAUGAAAGUGUUGUGGGCAAAACCCUGGCCCAGGUCCCUGAGUUGUUUCCAGAGGUUACAUCUAAUGAAAUGAAAAUCAAAAGCUUGCAUGCUUUGGCUAAUAUUCCUUGCUCAUUUCAAGCAAAUGAUUGGAAACAUUCAAUUUUUAGUGGAAUCAUUCAUACAUUUCAAGAGCACAGCAAUACGCAAUUAGUGGUUGAAGUUAUUCAAUCGGUGCCAGCACUGCUUUUAGACUCAAGCCAGCCUUCAUCCAUCCUACAAAGUAUCCUUUUGCCCUCUCUUGAAUCCAAUAGUGAAGAAAUUUUAACAGCAGUCUCUGAGGUGUUUGCAACAAUUGUUUGCGUUUUAUCAGGGGAUGUAGCAGUAACAAGCUUGGAGAGACCUGGAAACAACAUACAGAGAAGUUAUGUUUGCUUGACAUGCUGCAAAGAUUUCUUAGGGCCUUCAGUCAAUUCAGGAAAUAUUCUACCUGGAUCUCAAACUGUUGUCAACAAAUUUAUGUCUUUAUUGACUUGUCCUGUGAUCGCUGUGAGAAGAAACAUGGCUGCUUCACUUGGCUCUUUAGUCUUACAUCUCCCUUCAAUGUACAAAUCAGACACCGUUCAGACACUGAUGAAAUAUGCUGAAGAUGAUGACCGUCAAGUGAGGAUAAUCUUUUCUGGAAUGGUGAAAUUUUUAAUAUUUUCACGGGACUGGAUGGAAGGAAAAGGUGUUGAAUCUGAGGUUUUGCGCGAGGAGCACAUACCUUUAACUCAAGCUGAUCGAGUAGAACUGUCACAUUCUCGACCGAGGAUGGAGCUUGUACUUCAAAUGCUAUUUAAGUCAAUAUAUUCAAGAUUGAAUGACAAAUGUAACCCAGACUCAGAUGUACAGGGGACUUUAUUGUCAACAAUUGUUGAUAUUGGCUGUGUACCGUUAGAUUGUGUCUUGCUGCCUGUUUUGAAAUUAUUGUUGGCAUGUGUGGGACAUCCAGCAUGUAGUCAACCCUCAUUGGGCGAGGUGUAUUUGAAACAAAUUGCUGUUGCCCACAAUACCAAUGUGGGUAAAUUGUACUUUCGGUUUCAGUCUGAUAUAUGCCAAGUUUUGAUAAAUAUGAUGGGAAUGAAUCUUCAUGCCUCACGUUCAUGGAUAAAAGUUAUGGAUAAAGUUGUGUAUGGCUUUGGUUUUGAGUCAACUAUUGCUUGGUUAAGACAGUCCAUGAAAUGUGUGUUACCGAGCCUUUUGGUGUUAGUUGUGAAAUUCAAAGAUCAAGGCUUCCUUGCAAAAAUUGUUGAACUUUUGUCAUGCAAUGCAGCUUCUUUGAUCAAGGACUCCUUCCAAUAUAUAUAUCCUUAUGCUUUUCUGAAUGAAUCUGAUCAAGUUGUUGACGAAUGUGUCAGAAUGAUGGAAGAAAUGUCUGGAACAAGUGCUCAAGAGCUUGUAAUUGUGUCAUUCAAGACUUUGCACAAUCAACUGCUUCUUCAUUAUGAUUGCAAGCCAGAGCGUGUUGAGGAAGGAAUAUGCCAAUUAAUUGAUGUCCUAGAAAAUAAGAGCAAACCAAAAAAGUUGGAGAAACCACCAAGCAAAGCUGACAUUGCAAAACACUUGGAAAAACGUUUUCUCGGAGUUCUUGUACAUUUUGACUCUCUGCUUGAAUGUUCAAGUUCUGAAGAGAGUGAUAAAAUUAAAGCUCUCCAAUCAUUACCCAGAAUUAUUCGCCUGAUGGGGUCGAAGUACAUCACCCCAGUUCGGCUCAAGGUUCUUUCUACAUUAAGAACAGCACUUCGCCUCACACAUUGUGAUUUUCCCCAUUUGAGUUGUGGGGCUUGGGAGGCUUUCACUCAAAGUGUUGAUAUUCCUGAGCUGGGACCUCUUCUUGGAACAGUAGCAGCAUCACUUUUACCUCUGCUGGAUCAGUUUCCAGAUAAGAUUUCUUCAAUGCUUGAGUGGGUCGUUUUAAGACAUGAGCGUGAGCUUGCAGAACAUAUACCUGAUCUUUUUUUUCUACCAAAUAUUCCAGCUCUACAGAAACUCUAUCAAGUAGUUCAACGUCAUGUUAAAAACAAAAGAAGCACAUUCAAAGACAGUCUGAGUCUAGCAGACUACCUUCAACAGCCAUUACGUUUCAUAAAGCAUGACAAUGUAGAUGUGCGUCUGCAUGGAUUGCAAUAUCUUCUGUCCCUCCUUAAGGAAAAGCAAAUUCAGUUUACCAAGUCGUUGCUUCUAGAGGAAGUUGUUCAUGAAGAUGUUGCAAAGCUUUUAAACCUUUUAGUUGAGGGCUGUCGAGAUACUGACCAAAGUAUUCAGUUGCUUUGUGUUGAAAACCUGGGCAUGCUUGGAGCCUUGGAUCCAGGCCAUCUACCCCACAAGAAGCCUGAAGAAGGUAUACCCCAAAUCUUUUCGGUGGACGAUGAUCAGUUUGCUGUUCAAGCAUUGACUACUCUGGCAAAGGCAUACCAAGCAGCAAGAAAUACUCGUUACCUUGAUUCUUUUGCUGUUGCAAUUCAAGAUUUCUUAUGUCGAUACAAGAUAUCUUCUCAACCUAGCCCAGGUCAAAAAAAUUUGUGGGAUCUCUUUCCAGUUAAUAUUCAACAAGUAAUGGCUCCACUAGAAGAUUCAUCAUAUUACAUGACUUCUCUGCAAGCAAAUCUUGUGUGGCCACAUCCUGUGUUCGGUACCCGACAUGCUUCAACUUUGUCAAACUGGGCUCAUACCUGGGCUUGUCGUCUUGUUACAUUCAUUACUGAUACAAAUGCCAAGGAUCUGUUUACAUUAUGUAUUCCAAGCUUGAAGAGAGAUAUCAACUGUGUCCUUUUCUUUCUUCCAUUUAUAUUGUUGUAUGCUGUUACUUCAGGAAAUGAGGAACAGCACAAAAUGAUGAUAGAGGAGAUGAUUUACAUAAUACAGCAGCGUUCACUUCAAGAAAAAGACAUUGAGGAAAGGGAUGUUCCUAGAACAUAUGAAAAGUAUCAAGUUGGUUUCAAUCGGUCUGUUGAUCUUCCUGGAGCCACUGAUUCAGAUAGCACCACACAUGCUCUCUGUGCCAAAACUGUGUUCUCUCUGCUUGAUUUUUUGGAGAAGUGGGUGGGAUGUUCAAGAAAGAAGAAGGAAGAACCACAUAAUGAAAAUUACCAGCCUAUGAAUGUGCCAAAUGUGCGAAAAUUUUUGAGCCAGUUUUCAAAAUUGGAUUUAGCAUAUGGAAAUUAUGGGGUAAAUGAAUAUGCUAGAGCAUUAAUGUAUUUGGAAGACUUCUUAAUGGAUCAGAAGGAUAUAAUGAAAAAUGAAGACCACCUUGGCUUCUUAGAGAAUAUCUAUUGUCAGCUGAAGGAACCUGAUGGAAUCAAGGGAGUACUUGCUAUCCAAUGCACUCAACCAAAACUACUGGACACUCUAGUUUACCACGAAGUUGCUGGACAGCACCAGGAAGCUCUUGCUUGCUAUGAACUUCUCGCAAAAGAGUUCAGCAAUGAUGAUCUGGGCUCUGAAUUGGUCCAAAUGAGUAUGAUACGAUGCUGCCUGAGCCUUGAUCAACCAUGUGCAGCUCUACACAUUGCAGAAGGCGCCAUUUUUAAGAAGGCUAAAUAUUCCUCAACUUUUUUAGAGGCUCAAGCUGAAUGCUUUUGGAGAUUAAAUAACUUUGAGAGUUUAGAGGCUGCCCUCCAAAAUCCUCAGUUUCAAGAUUCUACUGCAUGGGGUGUCAGCAUUGGAAGAGGUCUUGUAGACAUUCGCCAUGAUAACAAAGACUCACUUAAAGAGGCCCUGUACUCUACUAGAAGCUACUUAAGUAAAGUCCUAAGCUCUGCUAGUCUUGAAAAUGGAAGCUAUUUACAGGGAUACCCUCAUGUUAUCAAGCUUCAUAUGCUGCAAGAGUUAGAAGAAGCCAGUAAAGUAAUUUCUAUGUUGCGUUCUUCGAAUGCAUCCGAGGUACCGUGCAUCAAUGCAAUGAACAAUCUAGUCCAAGUGUGGGACAAUCGUUUAGAACUUGUCCAAGCCUCUUCUUCAUUUCAAGAACCCCUCUUAAGAUUGCGCCGCUGCUUAUUACAACUAGCCUCUUCCUUUGUCAGAGAAAGUCAUUACACUCUAGCUCAAUUGUUACGUCAGGAACUAGGAACAAGCUGGCUCAAGAGUGCAGAAGUUGCUCGCAUAGGGAAACAAUACCAACAAUCCUACAUUUACCUUCUGAAUGCUGAAAAGUAUAAACCUAAAAGACACUUCAUUGAGUUAGCAAAGUUACAUUGGGCAAAGAAUGAACAAGACCAUGCUUUGGCUACUCUUCGCAGAGGUUUGGAUGAACAUUUUCCUAAAAGCAAAGAAUAUAAAAAGAUGGGUCCAGAGUGUCAGGUAGAAGACCGUAAAAUAUGUGCUGAGGCAAAACUGUUGGUCGCAGUUUAUAAUGACGAAAGUAUGAAUGUAGAUGUUGAUGUGAAUGUUUAUAACUAUAAAGAUGCUGUGGAGGUCUAUGCUCAGUGGGAAAAUAGUCAUGCCUCAUUAGCAAAGUAUUAUGAUACUAUUUCACUCAAGAAAAAUACAAGUAGUCACUCUGCUGGUGAGUUCCAGAUGUGGGCGAUCCGCUCAUACACCAAAUCCUUAAGAUACGGAUGUAAUAAGAUUUAUCAUAGUAUGUCACGGAUGUUGACAUUAUGGUUGGACUAUGGGAAAAGAUAUCAUAGUGCAUCUUUGCUUUGUGCCAGGACAAAGCCAUCAAAUGAGUCAUCUGAGAUGGCUGAACAGAGAAAUUUUCUAGCCAAAAUGAAUCAGUUCAUAGAGGGACAUGUAAAUGUGCUCCCAUCCUACAUGUUUAUGACAGGGUUUUCACAACUGGUUUCUCGACUUUGUCAUCCUGUGUUAGAAGUCUAUUGUGUAAUCAAGACAAUUAUUGUUCAGCUUCUUAUAUCUUUUCCUCAACAAACGUUAUGGAUGCUGGUGGCCCUAAAAAGAUCUUCAUAUGCCCAAAGGCGGACUCGCUGUGAGCAAGUAUUCGGGGACUCACAAGUAAGCCGCAAUCCUUCCCUGGUGCGUUUGACAUCAGAUUUUGAUAAAUUAGGCCAACUGCUUGCAGAUCUGUGUCAAAAACCUGUUGGUAAGAACGUCCGUCAGACAAGUGUGAACGCUUUAUGUAAGCUUUUGCCAAAGCUCUUGGCCGCUCCUUCUUUCAGUGAGAUCAUGAUGCCUUUGCAGCACUGCCGCACAUUAACACUACCACAAAAAGAACUAAGUUCUGUGGGGAACCAUCUUCCUUUUCCAUUAAAUGUACCCACCAUCACUGGAAUCAGAAAUGAAGUGAUCAUUCUUCAAUCAUUACAAAAACCCAAAAAAGUAACCUUAAGGGGAUCAGAUGGAAAGGACUACGAUAUGAUGUGUAAAGACAAGGAUGAUCUGAGAUUAGAUGCUCGAGUUAUGGAGUUCAACAGCCUCAUCAAUAAGUGCUUGCAGAAAGACCCUGCAUCACGUUCACGGGGGCUUAACAUAAGAACAUAUAGUGUUGUUCCCUUGAAUGAGGAAACAGGACUAAUUGAAUGGGUACCAAAUCUGUGUACAUUCCGAACGAUAGUUUCAAAUCUGUACAAAGAAUUAGGGUGUAACGUACCACAAGCAGAAUUACGGAAGUUCGUAGUUGAGAAGGAUGCCAGACUCCAAGAAUUUAAAAAUAUGUUUGUAAAUCAUUUGUUACCCAUGCAUCCUCCCGUCUUCAGACUCUGGUUUAGGAAUAGUUUCACUGACAGCCGCAGCUGGUUUGAAGCCAGAAAUUCCUAUGUUCAUACAACUGCUGUAAUGAGCAUAGUUGGUUAUAUUUUAGGUCUCGGAGACCGACAUGGUGAAAAUAUUCUCCUUGAUACAACAUGUGGUGAUGUUGUACAUGUGGAUUUUAACUGCCUUUUCAAUAAGGGUGAACGAUUUGAUUACCCAGAGAGAGUACCAUUCCGAUUAACACACAACAUGGUUUCUGCAAUGGGACCCACAAAAGUAGAGGGAUCAUUCCGCACCACUUGUGAAAUAACUCUUCACAUGUUGAGAGAAAUGAGGGAAACUCUUUUAUCUGUGUUGCAACCAUUUGUGUACGACCCAAAGGUGGAUGAUGUGAUUCAUAAAAGAAAUAUUAAGCAUAAUGCCAAUCAACCUGAAGUAACAAAUGACUUAGAGUUAAAUUGUACCAUGUGGUUAUCUCUAGAUGUUUUUCAGCCUGGUUUUCAUAUUCUAUUCUUUUAAUAAUUGCAGGCAGUUGAAAAUGUCAAGAACAUUGAACACCGUCUGAAUGGAAUUAUGAAACAACAGAAAUGCACACUUCAGUUGUCUGUUGAAGGACAAACUCACCUUCUCAUACAAGAGGCUACGAGUAUUGACAACUUGAGCCAAAUGUACAUUGGCUGGGGAGCAUACAUCUAACUUUGUUCCAUCCUGUAUGUAUUUUAUUCAUUUUGUUUGUUAGUUUUAUCAACAAGUAGACAAAUCUGAUUUCAGGAGAACAGUAAAGAAGACUAAUUAAUCAGUUCA